GUCUUAAUAUUUCUAUUAUUAUUGACAAAAAAGCUAAAUCACAGAAACUCAUUAAUAAUAGACUGGGAUAUGAUAUAAAGUAUGUUGACUCGUAUAUUCUAAAUUAUUGUGGUAUUAAUAAUUUACAACGAUACUUUAAUGAUCUUUAUAAGACUGAAAGACAAUACGAUACUUUAUCAGUUAUUCGACCACACGAGACAUUGAAGCAAUAG